CGUCGGUCCACCUUAAGCGCACACGCAAACGCAGGAGGCGUUCAGCGAGGUUUCCGCUUCUUCAGUGGAGGGGGGCUCUCGGACCGGGACCGCCGCGGCUCUACGGGAGAAAACACACCGUGUACAGGGUUGACGCACCAAGGUAAGAGAGAGAAAAACAAAGCAAGAAGAAAACCAACCAAACCAAGAUGUCUGAAUCCAAGUACCGCGAGUGGAUCCUGGACACUAUCGACUCGCUGCGGUCGCGGAAAGCCCGGCCGGACUUGGAGCGGAUCUGCCGAAUGGUCCGGAGACGACACGGGUCCGAGCCGGACCGAACCUGCGCAGAACUGGAGAAACUGAUCCAGGAGCAAACCGUGCUCAAAGUUAACUACAAGGGCUCCAUUUCGUACCGGAACGCCGCCAAGGUGCAGCGGAGAAGCAGGAAAAAAGACGUUGUAGAUGUAACGUUGUUAACGGCUGCUGCUGCUGCGAGGAGGAGCGCGGUGGAAGAAGCCACCAGUCAUUCUGACCUGAGCAACGGGGACAGCGCUUUCGGUCCCGUUGACCAGGACGAGGAGGAUCUGGAGGCUGACACCUCCCUGGCAAUGGACACAGACAGUAAUGCAGAUGAGGAGGGGGCUGACGAGAGCCGGGAUGGGCAGGAUGGACCCUCUCCCGGCCGCACGUAUGAAAACGCUGCCGUGCACUGUGCCUCUAUCCGAGCCGUCUCUGCCCCCUGCUCCCCCUCUGGCGCUCGGCCCGGCCCCGGCCCCGGCUCCGGUCUGGAUUGUGCCUCUCUCCAGAAGGCUGGUGAGAGGCCCAGCUCCUUGCCCCCCUCCAGCCCCAGGGCCCUCACACACAAUGACUGGGCCUAUCAUUCUGCUGUCUGCCCAGCGGAGCGCCAGCACCCAGGAAUGCAGAGAGACAAAGCAGCAGCCAUGAAGCCAGCAAUCCAAUCUCCAACUACCAGCCCCUGCGCUUUAAAGAACAACGUGAAAAAAGAAGAUGGAGGCAAGGCGGUGGAUAGCGGCCUUUCGUCUGACCAGCUGGUACCAGACUAUGCAGCAGGGCUGGAUGAGACCAAGAAUGUAUCUGAUGGGAGACCACAGGCACUGCCUUUGCCAUCUGACAACUGUACAUUAAAGAGCAAGAUAGAUAUAUCCUCCUUCACAGCAGCCGAAGACGGUCUUCUGAAUGGUGGUAAAGUUGAUGAAGUCACUGUGAAGAAGGAGAAGAUGAGCCAGAACUUAAUGCAGUGGACUGUGGCAGAUGUGGCCAGUUACUUCUCGGCUGCAGGCUUUCCAGAGCAAGCUGUGGCGUUUCGAACACAGGAAAUUGACGGGAAGUCCCUUCUCCUGAUGCAGCGCAGUGACGUGUUGACUGGUUUAUCUAUCCGACUCGGCCCUGCCCUCAAAAUCUACGAGCGCCAUGUGAAGAUGCUGCAGAGGACCCAUUUCCUGGAAUGCGAUGACCUCUGAAGUGGUGAUUCACAUGACAGACAGACAAUGCUGCAUUGACCCAAACGUGCAUGCAGUGCCCUCUCUCCCAUCUAGAUCCUGCCACCCACCUUCAUAUACAGAAUAUGUGGAGGGUGCGUGGAGGGGAACGGCUGCGGUGGAAUUCGCUUUCACUGUGAGAAUGACCAGAAGCUGAAAGACAGUCAUCCUACCUCUCAUCAUGGUCUUUGGUUUUCAAGUUUCUUUUUCACCCAUGUGGCUGUUCGAUUGCAUUGUCAAGGGAAUAGACUGGUACGUUUUAAAGUGGAGGAGCAAUGACCUUUCUGCAGGAGUAAAGGAUGGAUAAUGGGACUGAGCCUUGCACCAAGUGGACCACCUAUGGGCUAAAUGUACCCACAGAGACGUGCUGCACUGCGUAGCGCUGCGAGCAAAGUGUAGUCACAGCUUUGGGUCCACAAGAAAAUGUCGGUUUGGCUCUAAAAUCUCUCCCUGCAUCCUCGCUCGAUCUAUUACGGUACCUUCUGUUAGUUCAGAACCUCUAAACAUAAAACUCAUCUGUUGUGAGUUUUCCGUUGAAUUAAAUGUCAUCAAAGUGCUGGGGAAGUCAGACUAUCUACAUAUCUGCAUCACAAGUCUGAUUCCUGACUCAUCAUGCCACCAAUAGCUGCUGAUGUUGGAUUAUGUCUUCAGUGUUUCUGCAGCACAGAGAUAUAACCAAUAUGAUAUAUAACUACCUGCUGGUAAGGCAAUAUGUUGUUGUUUUUUCUAUCUUAUUUAGAUCUGACUGUGGUCCAACUUAAUACAGUUGCAUUUUGGGGAACAAUUGCAGAUAGAUGUGACCAGGAAAAUGUGCAGUCUAAUGGAAUUUGCUUUCAUACACAAGCAAAAUACACUUUGGGAAAUGUUAUUGUAAUACUGAGUAUAUUGUUUGAAAUUGAAUACAGCUGCUCAGUGCCUGUUUACAGAGCAGAUAUCUUGAUCAAAUGCAAUAUUGUAUGUUAUCAUCCAUUUAUACUUUGUCCAGCGUCUCUUUUUAAUGUAGGCCAGCCUCUUGAAUUGUAACAUUCCACGUGAUGUAGUCCACAUCUCUGAUGUUUCUCCUCCCCUUUUUAUCUGUAACAUUGACACUUCUUCCAGAGUCACAAAUAAAGCUCACAUCUCUCUGUUCAGUCA